AUGUCGUCUCCCCGGAGCCGGAGCCGGACCAGGUUCAUCCUACUCGCCGUCUUCACCACCCUCUUCCUCUACUACCACCUCUCCGCACCCACCACCCCGGCGUCCCACAUCCCGUACACCGCCUCCCUCGCCCUCGCCACCUCCCCCUCGCCUCCGAGCGUCUCGAGUGCCAAGUCCCCGUCGCGCACCCUCCCAACGGCGGCACCCUCCUCCUCCACCCCCGCCGGCCGCGCCAAACCGCUACCCCGGAUCCAGUACGAUUUCCCCUCGCCGAGCCAGCACUGGUCGCGCGACGCCCUCAAGGUGCGGGAGACGCGCCAGCGCAAAGUCCGCACCCUCUUUCUCAAAAACUGGAACGCCUACCGCACGCACGCGUGGAAAAAGGACGCCCUGCUCCCGCUGAGCGCCGGCGGCCGGGACCAGUUCUCCGGCUGGGCCGCCACGCUGGUCGACUCGCUCGACACGCUAUGGGUCAUGGGCCUGCGCAAAGAGUUUGACGAGGCCGUGGCCGCCGUGGCCGACAUCGACUUUGGCGUCUCCACGUCGACGCGCGUCAACGUGUUCGAGACCACCGUCCGCUACCUGGGUGGGCUGCUCGCCGCCUACGACCUCAGCCGGCGGGCCAUCCUGCUGACCAAGGCCGUGGAGCUGGCCGACCUCUUGUACGUCGCCUUCGACACCGAGAACCGCCUGCCCGUGGACAAUAUCGACUUUGAGCGCGCCAAGCUCGGCCGCGGCCUCUUGGCCGAGGGCCUCGUCGCCUCCGCCGCGCCCGCCUCCCUCUCCCUCGAGAUGACGCGGCUGUCCCAGCUCACGGGCGACCCAAAGUACUACGACGCCGUCGCCCGCGUCACCCGCCUCUUCGCCGCCCAGCAAAUGGACACGGACCUACCCGGCAUGUGGCCCACCCGCCCUCUCUACGAACGCAUGUCCCGCGCCUUUCUGCGCACCGCCACCACCCACCUCUUCUUCCGCCCCAUGCUGCCCAGCGGCCACAACGUCCUCUUCUCCGGCACCGUCAACGUCGUCGCCGGCUCCGACCCCGACAGCAACGGCAGCGACAACACGGACAAGGAGCUAUCCACCGAGAGCGAGCACCUCGCCUGCUUCGCCGGCGGCAUGAUGGCCCUCGCCAGCCGCCUCCUCUCCAACGCCACCUACCUCGACACCGGCGCCCGCCUCGCCAAGGGCUGCGCCUACGCCUACAAGGUGUUUCCCACCGGCCUCAUGCCCGAGCGCUUCGACCUCGUCCCCUGCCCCGGCGACCUCCUCGCGCCCGCCACCUGCCCCUGGGACCGCGCCGCCUGGAACGCCGCCAAGACCCAGUACCCCGCCCGCAAGGCCAACCUCCCCCGCGGCUUCGCCUCCGCCAAGGACCCCCGCUACCUCCUCCGCCCCGAGGCCAUCGAGAGCCUCUUCGUCCUCUACCGCGUCACCGGCGACGAGCUCUACGUCGAGGCCGCCUGGGACAUGUUUGUCGCCGUCAGCGAGGCCACCGCCACCGAGAUCGCCAACGCCGCCGUCCUCGAUGUCACUGUCGCUAAAACAGCCAAGAAGGAGGUGCCCAAAGAGGAUUACAUGGAGCUUCUGGCUAGCCGAGACCCUCAAAUACUUUUACCUCAUCUUCUCACCCCCGACCUCAUCAGCCUCGACGACUUCGUGCUCAACACCGAGGCGCACCCCCUCCGAAGACCCAAGUAA